AUGGCUGAUCAUCCCGUCCUCAUUGUCGGUGCGGGCAUCAGUGGCCUCUUGCUGGCCCAGCACCUCCACAAACUCGAGGUUCCCUACCAGAUCUUCGAACGUGAUGCAGCGAUUGAUGCUCGCAGUGGUGGCUGGGGACUGACCCUGCAUUGGGCACUGCCUGCUCUGCGAUCACUGCUGCCUGACCACCUUGUGCAACAACUCCCGGAGACAUAUGUCAACAAGGCAGCGGCUGCGCGUGGUGACACCGGUCGCUUUUCCUUCUACGACCUGAAAACCGGAUUAGCCUUGUCCAGCGUCCCGGCUGCGGAGCGCAUUCGCGUGUCCAGAGUGCGCCUCCGACAGCUGCUCGCGACGGAUCUCGAUAUCAAAUGGAAUAAAUCCCUCCAAACCAUCGAAUCCUCCGACAAUACCGUCACUGCACACUUCGAAGACAGCACCUCAUACACCGGCUGUCUGUUGAUCGGCUGCGAUGGAUCGGUAUCACCGACCCGCAAGAUCUUGUACCCGGACGGCCAUGCGAUGAAUCCACUUCCUAUCCAGCUGCUCGGCGGGGCAACCCUAUAUACGGCCGAGGAGAUGGCAGGUGCAGCGGAAAUCGAUCCCUUCAUCUUCCAGGGCUCGCAUCCGGACUCCAACAUCUUCCUAUUCCAUAGCAUCCUCGACACCCCAAACAACUUCGAAGACAGCAGCAAAGACAAAUACCUCUGCCAGGUCAUCAUCUCGUGGGCCGAUUCCAAGAACAUCCCCGUCCCUAGAGACAACAGCGAGCGCAUCGCCCUGAUGAAGUCCCUGACCAAGGACUGGGCCGAGCCAUUCAGGACCUUAGUCCAUCGCUUGCCCGACGACACAGAGGUGCGGUCCAUUCGCACCGCGGACUUUAUGUUCCGACCGCAGCAGAAUACCACACACCCGCGGGUGGUGCUCAUGGGUGAUUCGGCACACACCAUGACCAUGUACCGCGGAGAAGGAGCCAACAACGCCAUCGUGGAUGUUUUCGAUCUCACAAAGCGGGUGGAUAUGCAGUCUCUAGGAUCCAUGACUACAGAAACCCUCCGAGAAUGCCUAAGCGCCUACGAAAACGACGUCUAUAUGCGCGCAGAGCCCAGCGUCUUGAAUUCGCGACAGGCAUGUUUUGACGCCCAUGACUUUUCUGCCAUUCUAAAGGGCAGUCCAUUGGUGUCGGCUCGGUUGCUCAAAGAACAGGAGAAUUAG